CAAACGCGUCACGGGUGUGCUACACGUGUGGGGCGGGGACCCAAGCUGUCUUCUACCUAUAAACGAGAGGAACGAGCGGCAUUGUCUGACGGUUAUCACCGUUCUUAUAAAAACCCUUGAACCCUGGAAGAGAGGAAAGCUGGCGGCUAACGUCAAGUCAACAUAUUGACGGAGGAGCACUGCGUGGUACGAGAGGAAAGCAGCGAUCCUGGAGCGGACGGUUUCUUUCAGGAAGGAGCCACUCAUUCGUGUCUCCCCACAGGGGCGUGGAGUGGCCGUUUUAGCAUCUUUAGCUCGUCUGCUAACAGCUAACACGGAAUGUUAACUCUAGGCCUUUCUAGACCAGAGGCGUACAACAUCCUCCUCUAAAACUAGAACGACCUCAGUGCCGGUGGAUAACCCCCUCCGAAGCACACCUAGUGAAUUUGACCUGACGGUGGAUACUACAGCUUCCAUCCAGACAGCAAACCAAAGCAGAGCAUUUCCAUUGCUACUUUUUUGUAUUCAUUAAAUCUAUAACAUUGACUAUAUAUAUUCCAUUUUUGGACGGAUUCGUAUUCCUACGAGAAUUAUUUCCAAGAGUUUUUUUUUUUUUUUUUUUAAUCUAUAAAAAUGGGUCCUUUAAUGGAAACAGCUGACAUAGCAGUGGUUGCACUGUAUUUUGUCCUGGUGCUUGUCAUCGGGUUUUUUGCCAUGUGGAAAGCCAAUCGCAGCACUGUGACUGGCUACUUCCUUGCUGGACGUUCCAUGACAUGGAUAGUGAUAGGUGCAUCACUCUUCGUCAGUAACAUUGGCAGUGAACAUUUCAUAGGCCUGGCUGGAUCAGGAGCAGCAAGUGGCUUUGCUGUCGGAGCAUGGGAGUUUAAUGCACUUCUACUUCUGCAAUUGCUUGGCUGGGUGUUUGUCCCCGUGUAUAUCCACUCUGGAGUCUACACCAUGCCUGAAUACCUGUCGAAACGCUACGGUGGAAACAGGCUGAAGGUUUACUUUGCUUUCUUGUCUGUGUUGCUUUACAUUUUUACCAAACUUUCUGUGGACUUGUAUGCUGGAGCUCUCUUUAUUCAGGAGUCCCUUGGUUGGAACCUUUAUGUGUCUAUUGUCCUGCUCAUCAGUAUGACUGCACUGCUCACUGUCACUGGUGGUUUGGUGGCAGUGUUGUACACAGAUGCCCUUCAGGCAGUGUUGAUGAUUGGUGGAGCCCUUACCUUAACCAUCAUCAGUCUAGUGAAAGUUGGUGGACUAGAGGGUGUCAGGACUAAGUACAUGCAGGCAGUUCCCAAUGUUUCUGCUAUUAUUGCCACUGGAAACUUCUCUUACUCUCCCUCCUGCCGCAUUGAGCCCAAGCCCAACUCUCUACGCAUCCUUCGUGGUCCUCUGGAUGAAGACAUCCCUUGGCCAGGCUUCCUUCUUGGCCAAACCCCUGCAUCUAUUUGGUACUGGUGUGCAGACCAGGUCAUUGUUCAGAGAGUACUAGCAGCAAAGAACAUAGCUCACGCUAAGUGCUCAACACUAAUGGCUGGAUUUCUCAAGAUCCUGCCUAUGUUUGUAAUAGUCAUUCCAGGCAUGAUCUCCCGGAUCAUGUUUGCAGAUGAGAUAGCCUGCAUCGGGCCAGAGCACUGCAUGGCAGUGUGUGGCUCUCAGGCCGGCUGCUCAAACAUUGCCUACCCUCGCCUGGUCAUGGCUGUGAUGCCUGUGGGACUCAGGGGUCUGAUGAUGGCAGUGAUGAUCGCUGCCCUGAUGAGCGAUCUCGACUCGAUCUUCAACAGCGCAAGCACCAUCUUCACCCUGGAUAUCUACAAAAGUGUUCGGAGGGCGGCAACUUCACGCGAGUUGCUGAUGGUGGGACGCAUGUUUGUUGUGCUCAUGGUGGCAAUCAGUAUAGCCUGGGUCCCCGUCAUUAUUGAAAUGCAAGGUGGACAGACAUACCUUUACAUCCAGGAAGUUGCUGGCUACCUCACUCCACCAAUCGCCGCCCUCUUCUUGCUAGGAGUGUUCUGGAAACGGUGUAAUGAAAAAGGGGCAUUUUGGGGAGGCAUGACAGGUUUCACACUUGGCGCGACACGACUUAUCCUAGCAUUCAUCUACCGCCAGCCUCGCUGUGACCAGCCAGAUACUAGACCUGCCUUUAUUGUUCAUGUCCACUACAUGUAUGUGGCUGCAGGGCUGUUCUGGAUUUCAGGGCUGGUAGCUGUGGUGGUCAGUCUCAUCACCUCUCCACCAGAUGAGGAGCAGGUUCGCACCACCACAGUCUGGGGGCUCCGCAACAUUGAAAGAGUUCCCAUAAAGGACAAAGAAGAAAUGUACAGGCUGACUGAGAAGAGCCAUUGCAAUGGCGAUGGAAGCCUCCACAAAGAAAUGCCUCCAGAUGUCAGAAACGAGAGAUGUCUAGAUGGGGCAGAUGUCAAACUGCUGGUCCCAUCUACUGACCACGACCCAACAACCCCAAGUACAGAAACAUCCCCUGCAAUUACCCCUGCUGAACGAUUUGGUAAUGGAAAGAUAGAGAUGAUCCGAGCAGAGGAAGGCUGCCCCACUAAUGGGGUGACUAGCAGGUGCAUACGUUUACUGGACUGUUUUUGUGGAUUUAAGGAGGGAUCACAGAGCGCUCAGCAAAAAGCGGUGCAAGAUGAUGCAAGACUCAUCGCAGAGAUGCUUUAUGAGCCACCUAGAGUCAAACUUCUCCUCAACUUGGGUCUGGUAUUCGUCUGCUCUGUCGGUAUCUUCAUGUUUGUUUAUUUCUCAUUGUAGUCCAACCCUGCACUGAACUAAUAGUGGGGACUUUUGUGAAGAUGGGGGUUAUGUGUGGGUGGGAGUGGGAGAGUAUGGGGGGGGGGGGGCGCUGUUACAAACAGCUGAAUUUUCUGAAGAUUCAAGAAGCUCUGUCUGUAAUAUUUACAGUUGUCUUUUGUAGCUCUCUAACAGGGAUCUAAGCUUAUUCUAAUCAUUUUUUAAAUGAUUAAAGCUUCUCCACAUAAAAAAAUGUUCUCCUUUAUGACUAUGAAGCUUAUUUGGCACUGGUGUGUCUUUUUUUUGUACAGCGCUUGUUAAUCCUGCAUUCAGAAUAUCUACUGGGAUUUUUAGAAUUGUUGUACUCUAAGUGAAUUUAAUAUUUGCCUUAUUUGACAUAUGCACUUAUCUUCAUUUUUUUUUUUGUAUGGUGAAAAACAUUCUGUGAUUUAAGCUUAUUUACCCUCUCUUGUUGACAGUGACUGUAGGCUUAGUUGCUGGUGUAGCAUACAAAUGUCUGUAGUAACUCUAAAACAGUUUUAGCUUAUAGGCCAUGACAAUUUUGUUUUUAAGUUUCAGCCAUUGAACACUAUGGUUAGUACUGCAUUAUAUCAGUAGAAGUACAACUAUGUGAUGACUUUUUAAUUUUAUUGGUGCCUGGACACUAAUGUCAAGGUUGUUUAGUAAGUUACCUAAUAAAUGUCCAAUUCUCUGCUAGAGAGAAUAUGUGUAAAUCAUA